CUGCCAACGUGUUGUUGUCUCUAAGUGGUGAUGUCAAAUUGGCUGAUUUUGGAGUGGCGGGUCAAUUGUCAGGCACCAUCGCCAAGCGUAAUACAUUCGUGGGUACUCCAUUCUGGAUGGCACCGGAAGUCAUCAAGCAAUCUGCGUAUAAUAGCAAGGCUGACAUCUGGUCGCUAGGCAUCACAGCCAUAGAAUUGGCGGUCGGAAAGGCCCCCCAUUCUGAACUGCAUCCCAUGCGAGUGCUUUUUCUGAUCCCCAAAAAUCCGCCACCGACGCUGGACGGUGAGCAAUUCAGCCGGCUGUUCAAGGACUUUGUGGCCGUGUGUUUACAAGCGGAACCGAACGACAGACCCAGCGCCAAAGAACUGCUCAAACACAAAUUCCUGAAGACCGCGAAACGCAACACGUACCUAGUAGAUGUGAUCACCAGCAGUUUGCGCCAGAGACGGCUGUCUGUUGACGAGGCAACUGUCAAGAAGGACACCAGUCGCUUCUCUGCAGUUGUCAGAUAUAAGGGGCACGUUUUCGUCUACGCAGCCUAUACAUUACAUGCAGCCAUGUAA